AUGGGGCUUUUUCAAUAAUUAUUUUCGAAACGUAUGUAAAAUAAUUUUGAAGAACAAAUUGAUAUUACUUGGAGAAAGGGUUUAGGUUUACGGAAUUAGGGGAUUAGGGAAGUGAUUAAUGGAUUCGGGGAUGAAUGUGAGGGUUAGGGAUUUCAUUGCAAAGGAAGUUGCUGAUUGGGAAGACGAAGUGGUUUCCGUUGCUCGAUUCAAAGCGUUUUCGGGUCAAAGAUGUGAUUGGGAAGCGAGCUUCUUGUUCUGGAGAGAUUUGAUAAUCAAAAUCGCCACCCAUUUUCGCCUCCUCCUUAUUCGACCUUCCCAGGUGAAGAAUGAUUGGUUUAAUCGAGGAGGGUUAACCCCUUUGUGUCUUGACCAUGUUCUGUUUCUAAUGUAUAAUGAAGGUGACAUCACAAGAACUGUGGAUCUCGUGGAUCCAACCGCUGGACGAUUCUCCCAACUAUUUAGAAAAGUGAGCAACUUAAUAACGAGACCAGCAACUCCAGAUAUUAUGGCUGAAGAAUGUGUGAUUGUAACUACUCUGCUUAAGGAUAAAGCUGCUGAUAUCAUCAAACAUCUAUCUGAAAGUCACUGGAAUUCAUCUUGUAUCAUCACAAUGAAGAAAUUCCGGGACAUAUGUGGAGGGCCGGAUGAAGCAUCUGCAAUCUUGAGGUAUCUGUCGGGGUGUAGAACAGCACAGUAUCUGUCAGUGCAUAAGAAAGAAUUUGUAGAGGGGGUAAAAAUUUCUCUCUCAGGAGCAGUGUUAUCCAGUAUCUCUAAUUUAGAUUGUGAUGUACUGUACUUAAUUUGGACAACCGAGAAGCUUCAGCAACAACUAGAUGCAAUUGACAGGCGUUGUGAAUUGUCAAGAAAAUCAGCAUUGGCAUCUCUACAUUCUGGCAACAGAAAAUUGGCCCUUAGGUAUACAAGGGAGCUGAAGUUGGUCACCCAGAGUAGAGAAAAAUGUUCAUCACUUUUGAACAGAGUAGAGGAAGUACUUGGCAUUAUUUCUGAUGCUGAGUCAACGAAAAAGGUUUCUGAAGCUAUGCAGAUUGGAGCCCGGGCAAUUAAAGAAAAUAAGAUCAGUGUCGAAGAUGUUGAUCUUUGUUUAAUAGAUCUCCAAGAGAGCAUUGAUUCACAUAAGGAAGUUGAGAAGGCGCUAGAACAAACUCCAUCUUACACUGAUAUUGAGGAUGAAGAUAUUGAAGAGGAAUUCAAGAAGUUGGAGCUUGCUGUUGGGAAAGAUGCUCAAGUUCCUGAACCAGUGAAGACGAUUACCAGUGCAGAAGGAAAAGCAUCUUCGGAAGCCACUGAUUUUAUUAUUGAAACUUUCUCAAAUCUCAAGCUUGCAGAUGGACCGGCUGGGAAGCUAAGAGUCGCCCAGGUCUCAGAAGGAGAAAAGAAGACAGCAAAUUUAGAAAUGGAAGCUGCGUAAGUCAGAAAGUGAAAAUUAUGGUUGUUGUGCUUUAUUUCUGGCAAACUGGCCCUUGUUUUUGUUUUGGGUACAUAAAUGACCAAUG